AGGUACGUAAGACCAGCACGCACGUUCUGAUCAUGGCCUUGGCCUGGGCUGAUCUGUCCGUUUGCCUCAUCUUGCCAAUUGACAUUGCGGGAACUGCUCUGGAAUGUGGAGGCAACGAUGAACUCAUUUUUUGGGUGUUGGUUAAGACAUUCGGAGGAAUAGGUGUGGCUGCUUCAUUUGGUAUCACCGCUGUGAUUGCUGCGGAUCGCUAUGACUGCAUAUGCCGGCCACAAAGGCGGUAUUGCACGCCAAGACGGGCCAAGGUAGCUGUUUUCGUUGUGGUGUUAAUCUCAGUUAUAUUAGGUAUUCCCAAAGGCAUCAGCGAUUACCUGUACCCUCGGUUUGUGUUAAGCAUAGACCUAAUUGUGCCCAUUUCUGAAACCAUUGCUGUGUUAACUGCACUUGUAACAAUCGUGCUGUGUUACGGAAACGUUUACGCAGCAGUCUUAAGGCAUGUGAAAGUUGGUGCCAUCCCUGAACGCACAUCAACGCAAGAUAACCAGGUCGCUACCAAGAUCGACAAGGACCGAACAAUACCAUCGACACAAUCGGCUCUACCAAAGAAAAAUCAACUGAGUGCUAUCAAUAAUCAUAUGGCGAAAAGGGGAAACGGUUCCGACCGCAACAGCAAAUGUUCGACACAACCGCCAUCAGAUGCUCCGGUUAGAAUCGAAGCUAAUACGUCCAUUGUCGACAACGAGGUGUCGACAGUUAUCAAUCUGGCAAACCCCGACUGUACGACUCAUCAUGCAUCUACGUCAAGGCUGGACAUUCUUGAGGUGCCCCAAAAUGCAAAUGCUAAGCUGGUGAAUCCUGCUGAGCAUGAUUCCAAAGUUGGCCUGAAAAGCGUUUCCCAAGCAGUUUCAGAGCAAGGUUGUAGACAUGAGGGCGGGGACAGGAACCACCGUGAAGCAACGGACGCCGGGAGAAGACACGCCCCUAAAAGGAUGGGCGCCGCCGUCCUACAGCGUAAGACAACAAAAAUGCUCUUCAUUACCACUGUGGUAUUCCUGCUGACGUGGCUACCAGAUCUGGUUAAAAAUGCUAUGGAAAUUGCUUAUUUGACAGGUAGCAACACAGAACUUAAGAGUACAUUUUCUAUUACAUUAAACUGGCUGUCUUUUACUGUAUUUAUCAACAAUGCCAUUAAUCCAUUGAUUUACGGACUGGCAAACAAACGAUUCAGGAAAGACUGCGUCGCAGUGUUCCGCAAAACGAGACGCUAAAAUUGUCAUCUUUGUGAAACCUCAUAUUUCGUGAGCAAAAUCAAAGUUGCCUAUCAAAUUAAUUUUUAUUCCACGUGUGUUAUCGUCAGUGUUGUACCAAAAGAGAACGGAUCUUACUAAUGAUUUGGAGUAAUCUCUUAUAAUUGUGUCUUACUGAAUCUACGGUUUGUUGAUUUCAGGAAAAGAGAUUCUAUAAGAUGUACAGAAACUGUUGGACGUAAAUUUAAUAGACAAUAUAGCUUUUUAUGUCUGAUUGGCCAGACGUAGAUUCUGUGUGCUUGGCCGGUUUUAAACAAGUUUGUUUAAUUAGAUCACCGU